ACCUGUUGCUGCACAGCGGAAGAACAGUCGUGGGUUUCUCUGCAGUGACGAAGGAAACACCGAAACAGAAGACAGAAAUCCCAGUCCCCGCCGCCAAAGGCCCCAACCACGAUGGUGCCAGGAAUGGCGCCCAAGCCGGCGGCGCCGAUGCCCGCGCAGCCGAAGAAGCCUCAGCACAUGCUGGUGCUCGGCACCGGCUUCGUCGGCCGCCACGUCUCGGAGCGCCUCCUGUCACAGGGAUGGCGUGUGUCCGGGACGUGCACCAGUGCCGCCAAGAAGAUGGAGCUCGAGUUGCUGGGCAUGACUGCUUCCGUCUUCGAUGCCACAACAAGCAACCUUGCAAAUCUUCAUGCUUUGCAAGAUGCAACCCAUUUGCUCAUCUCCAUUCCUCCCAUCCCUGGGGUUGGUGAUCCUUUGCUUUCUUCACAUGCUGACCUGCAAACAACACUGACUAGUGGUAAUCUUCAAUGGUUAUGCUACCUAUCUUCAACAAGUGUGUAUGGUGAUUGUGGUGGUGCAUGGGUUGAUGAGGAUCAUGUAGUGAAUCCAAAGAGCGAGUCUUCCAAGUUAAGAUAUGCCGCUGAACAAGGAUGGUUGGAUCUUGUCGACGAGCUGGAUCUAUCAGCUUUUAUACUUCGUUUGGGUGGGAUAUAUGGGCCUGGAAGAAGUGCUUUGGACACCAUAGCUAAGAGAAAAUCUUCUUCGCGAAGACAGAAGUUGAGGGAGUCCAAACAGUACACUGCACGUAUCCAUGUGGCUGACAUCUAUCAGGCUAUCCUGGCUAGCAUGAGCAUCAAAUCUACAAGGAAGAUAUACAAUGUGGUGGAUGAUGACCCUGCCCCGAGAUCCGAGGUCUUUGCAUUUGCUCAGAGCUUGAUAGAGAAAAGAUACCCUGAUCUCGCAGCGGAUUCUGCAGGAUCAAACAGCCAGGACAGGAUUAUAGCUGCUGAAAAACGGGUAUCUAAUUGUCGGUUGAAACAGGAACUGGGCGUUAGGCUUGCCCACCCAUCUUACAGAUCAGGGCUGCAGAGUAUUCUUGAUUCCUGGUUCGACGAGGGAAAUCAGUGAUGUGUAGCCUGUGCAGCGAGUAGCAUUUCUUUCAAUCCUUUGGUUUGGAUGAUACUCCCUCUGUUCCUAAAUAUAAGUCUUUGUAGAGAUUUCACUAUGGACUACAUACGAAGCAAAAUGAAUGAAUCUACACCCUCAAAUGCAUCUAUAUACAUCCAUAUGUGGUUCAUAGUGAAAUCUCUACAAAGACUUAUAUUUAGGAACGGAGGGAGUACAACGUGAACCUGUACACUAUUAGCAAAAAAGAAAAGAAAAACAUGAACCUGUACACGAUACCGCACAUUGUACCUGAGACUGAAGUAAUUUACUAUGAUCCCAAGGAAUAUUUUGCCGAACGUAGUGAAAACUAAAAUAAAUGCAGUUGCAAGAUUAA